CCCACCUCUUCUCUCACCCCCACUCAGGCGCUGCAAUGGAUAAGCCAACCGAGCCCGACUUUAGUGGCAAGAAGCAUCGUGACAGCAGUGCAGUGUCAAUGGCGCCCUCCUUGGAGGGCAGUGUCGAUCUAGCCGCAGCUCGACGAGCUCGUGUCAAAAUGAUCUUGUUGAAAUGUUGCAAAGCAGGGCUUUUGAAAGACCUCAAAAUGUCCCCGUCUCAAUUUUCCAUCGUUUUGAGCAUUUCUUUAAUGUUCUCCAACUUCUUGUUUAAGAGGAUUGGAGCCCGUAUAUUUAUACCUACCCUUGUUGUCGCAUGGGGCCUGGUCGAGACAUUCCAAGGUUUAAAAAUGAAACCCCGGGAAUCAAUUCUUACUGCCCAUGUUUACUUCCAUUCCAUUUCAGGGCCCCUGAUUCCGGCACUCAUCUUAUAUCUGUCGGAGUUUUACCCGCCACGAGUUGCAGAAAAGGAUAGCCAUGUUCUUAAGUGCUACGAGCCUUGGGGCGCAUUUUCUGGACUUUUGGCUUACGCUAUCGUUCAUCUUGACGGUAAAGGAGGUAAACCCAGCUGGAGGAAGGUAUCUUUACUCGUAUUUGGUGUCGCCUCCUACUUUUGGCUACCGAGGAUAUUGAGUGCUACCUUGAUGACGGAAGAAGAAAAAUUCGCAUACACUCGUACAAUCCAAGAAGAUACGGUUUUUACAGUGGAUGAUAUAUUCCAGCUCUCAAGCGUGUGGUCGACUCUCACAGCGCCUCAUGUCCUAUUCCUAUCCACUGCGGGAUUCAUUAUUGGUGUUGAUCCUCCCGCCGUAGUGGGGAGUCUAGGCUACUCCCCCGCUAAAACUCAGCUUUAUGGAGUCCCUCCAUUCGCCUGCGGGUUUAUUUGGGAAAUUGCGAUUGGCUCCAGCUUCAUCACUCUGGCAGGUUUCAUCAUGAUGUAUCGUUUAGCACAAAUGUCAUGUGAGGUAUGGCUCGUAUUCGCCCAAGUGAUUGGCUUGUCAUCACCUUCCUUGUGCGGUUACGUGCAAUUCUAUCCUCACUACCGCCGUGCACAGCUCUCGCAUUUGGUAAUCUCAACAUCAGCUGCACUGUUGGUGAGGACCAACUUGGCUAACAACGAUUCUCUGAUCACGUACGCAGCAUUUAUCGUAGAUGUAUGCCUGGCACUCGGCUAUUUUCAUUACAAGAACUUGCGGAAGGCCGAGGAGCGCAGAUUACACGGUAACGGCGCAGACGACGAUAUUGAAGAAAAGCUGAGGCUGGGUGACAGACACCGAGACUUCAUAUAUACUCUGUGACCUUGGCCUGGUUCAAGCAAGUUUGUUGCGAUCUUGUACACGUGUAUUUUUUUUGAAAUUUCUUGUUUCUUGGUACGCUGUGGACCGUCCAUUGAGUCCCGUCGGACCCAUACUUCUUGCGCAUGGGCAUUUCCAUGAAGGAUUGCUUUUGGCAUCCAUGUUGAUGAAUGCAGUCGAGGAUGGCUUACAUCAAGCCACCUCGCGCGAUUUUUUUUCUUUCCUCUUCUCCUCAGUUCACGUCUUUGGAACUGAGGUGAGGUUGCCUUUCAUCACUUAGGAUGUAGUAGCCUAAUUA